AUGAAAUAUAUUAUAUUAUUUUUUAUUUUAUAUUUAGUUUCUGAUACAUUAGGAUCUUUAAAUGAACCAGUUGUCAAGAAUUUUACAUGCACAAAACAAUCAUUGGAAUAUACAUAUGAUAUUGAUAGUACAUAUUAUUCAAAAUGGAUUUUUUCAAAUUUGAAAUAUGAAUUGGUUUUUGAAUGUAAAAAUAAUAGCAAAGAAAGAACAUGUACUGCUGGUAUGUCCAUUGAUAUUGCUAAAAAUUUACAUGGUCAAAUAAAGAUGUGCAGAACUGAUAAUAAUGGUGUAUUAGAUUGCCAUUCGAAUUACGAAGAAUAUUUUCCAAAGCCAAUUAUUGAAGGUGACUUUAAACCAUCUACCAAAGGUGGUCCUACUAUUAUGAAAGGUUAUUAUUUGGCAGUUGGAGUAAUUCCUUACUUUACUAUUAUCCCUGAUACUAUAUUGGGAACAAUAGGUGAUAUUUUUAGUAACUCUAUAGAUGUCACAAAUUUAAUACUAGACUAUAAAGGUGGUUGUGGCCCAAGAACUAUUCAAUGGCCAAAUGAUUUUAAAUAUAGUUUCAAUCAUUCAAAUCCAAUCAUUGAAAAUAUUUUGAUAGAAGGUUCAUCUUUUAUAUCAAAAGGUUCUAAUUUUUGUAAUUCUUCUGAUUCAAUUCAAAUUUAUUUAGAUGGUGUUCAAAUUGAUAAAUCAAAAAUAAAAUCAAUUGAUCAUGAACAAUUUGAAAUAAUUUACACUCAACUAUAUUCAAAAUCAAUAAAUGUUAAAAUAGUAUCUGGUGGACUUGAAUCGAAUAUUUACAAAUUGGAUCUUAAACCUAUACCUUUAAAAAUUAAUAGUGUUCCAAGAUUAAAAGGUGGUUCAAUUACAAUAAUUGGUGAAAGACUAUCUUCACAAGUAAAUAAUUCAACAAUCAUUGUUAAAAUUGGUCAAUAUGAUUGUAAAAAUGUAAUCUCAUCAAAAAAUGAAAUUCUCUGUAAUUUAGAAUCGGUUCCAAAUGUUGAAAAGGUUAAAUUGGUAGAUUUACAAGUUAAUAUCUCAAUAAAUGGUAUUUUUAAUGAAAAUAAUUUAUUAUUCUCAUUCGAUAUACCAAUAAUAUCAGAUUUUAUACUUCCUCAAGGUGAAGUUAAAUUAGUUGGUGAUUGUUUUGGUUCUUCACAAUUGACUCAAGUUAAAAUUGACGAUGUGUUACAAUCCAAUAUAACAAUUAAUAUUAAUGAAAAAGAAACAACACUUUCAUUUAAGCCAAUUAAACCAAUUAAAAAAUCAAAGUUAUAUGUAAUUGUCAAUGGUACAAAAUCAAAUACUAUUGAAAUUGAUUCAUCAUUUUUUGUAAAAAGUGUUCCAUCUUCACCUUCAGUAAAUGGUCAAAUUGUAAACUUUACACUUUUCAAUAUAAAUCCAAAUAAUGUUAAUGCAACACCAAUUAUGAUUUUUCAAGAUAAUAGUUCAAUAAAAGCAAUUGAUUAUAAAAAUUCAAAUGAAUACUCAACUCACACAUACUCUUUUGAUAUUCCAAAAAGUUGUGGGAGAAAUGAAAUUACAAUUUUAAUUGGAGACCAACUAACCCGUACUGAAAUUUAUUAUGAAUUACCAAUAAUAUCAAGUUGUUCAAUUGUUUCAAAUCAAAUGAUUAAAUGUCUUGGUAAUUUUAUAAAUUAUCUAGAUUUAUUUAAAAAUGGUAAAAUUAAAAUACAAUUUUCAAAUAUGGUAAUAAUUGAUAAUGUUCCAAACAAUCCAAUUAUUUUUAUGAGUGAUUCAUUUUCAUUCCCAAUGAAGCCAGAGUAUAGUUCAAGUGAUAUAUAUCUUAUUGUUUGUAAUGAAAUUUCUCCAGAUUUUAAAGUUGAUAUAACUCCAUCGCUUAAAUUUGUGAGCCAAUCUCUUGUUUUCAACUCCACUGGUGGUGAAUUAUUAAUUAAUGGUGAAAAUUUUAAUGAAAAUACAAUUUACAAUACAUCUGUAUAUUGCUUUUCAAAUAAACAAGUUUAUAAUUGUUCAUUUAUAAACUAUACAUCUAUCUCAUGUGAUAUUGAAUUGGUAGGUCCAUUCGAUCAACUUUGUAAAAUCAAAUUUAAUGGAAAAGAUGAGGAGUAUAACAUUUCAAUAUCAUAUUAUCCUCCAUUAGUUUUAAAUUCAACAACGAUUUCGAAUUCAUCAAUUGGUGGAAUUAUUACAAUUUUUGGUAAUGAAUUUUAUAAUCAAAUUGAUUCAAUUACAGUUGGUAAAAGUAAAUGUUUAAACUCUACAUUUAUUAACUCAACAUCAGUUUCAUGUUUUUUAGAACCUUCCAAAAUUAUUAUUGAUCAAAGCAAACAACAACAGCAACAACAACAACAACAACAACAAUAUGUUAACAUCACGAUUAAUGGUAAAAGUGGUGGUAAUAAUUUAAUUAUUUAUUUUGAUAAUUCAAUUAUUGAAGUUAAAAACCAAUCAAGCCAAAGUGAUAAAAACAACAACAACAACAACAACAACAAUGGUAAAAAUAUAAAUAAUGGUGAUAGUAAAACUGAUGGUAGAAGUUUUUAUGAAAAAAAUAAAAAAUGGAUAACAGUAUUAAUAAUAAUUGGAAGUUUGGCAUUACUUUUAUUUAUCUUUUUUGGUAUAAUUUAUUGUAAUAGAAAAAACGGUACUGUUAUCUAUUGGAAAUAUAUUAUGUGUCGCGGAAUCAAAGAAAAAAAAUAUAAAUUUAAAAAUAGAAAAGAGAUAAAACAAAUACAAGAAUUAAGACAUACAUUGGAUAAUGCAGAGACAAUUUUUGCUGACUUUGAAUUAGAUAAUAUAAUAACUUAUUCAGAGUAUCAACUUACACCCGAAAAUCGUCUACGAAAAGAACAACAAGAAUUAGCUCGAGAAAAUUAUAUUGAAACUUACCCAGAUUAUUAUUUACAUAUAAAUAAAACUAAAAAUUUACCAAAUAAUGAUUCAUUACCUCCAAAUCAAGUUGAAAAUUUACCAAAUAAUAAUUCAUUACCUCCAAAUAAAAUUGAAAAUUCAUUACCUCCGAAUCAAACUGAAAAUUUACCAAAUAAUAAUUCAUUACCUCCAAAUCAAACUGAAACAUUACAAGAAGAUUCUUUACCUCCAAAUCAAACUGAAACAUUACCAGAAGUUUCAUUACCUCCAAAUCAUAUUGAAACAUUACCAGAAGUUUCAUUACCUCCAAAUCAAAUUGAAACAUUACCAGAAGUUUCAUUACCUCCAAAUCAUAUUGAAAAACUAACAGACAAUUCAUCAUCAUCUCAAGACCCAAGCUCUUCAUAA